GGCAUGGCUACCCUCAAGGACUUGUGCCUCAUACUGCAGCAGUGCACGGAGAAGAUCGGAGAAGAGACCAAAACGGCGCUCAACGACCUAACCAAUUUGAUUACCAGCCAGACAAUGACGGAGGUGAAACUGUCUCUGGAAAAAGCCAAAGACUACCACUACAAGGAGAUCAUGUCGUCGCUGGAGGAGAUCUUAAAGCACGUCAGGCUCGUGCUGUUCCACGAAGAGAAAAUACGGUGGCUGAGCGACGAGCACCACUUCACUCAAGACGAACUCAAGAGGUACUCGUACGUGCAGAGGCAAGUUAACGCUUUUUCCAAAUCCAAGUCGGAGGAGGCGAUCUUCACCAACGUCAAACGAGAGAAACGUCGGGUGGCGUCCGAAGUGUCGAUAGGCACCCUCGAAGCGUGGGAGAAGUACCUCGAUUGUAGGGCCGGCGAGGAACAGAAGGUCGAGGAAGUAAAGAAGCCGGUACCAAAGAGGACCAACUCGGACUCUAGAAGAAGGAAGAAGUUUGUGUCGUCCACGGUGGAAGCGUUCUUGGAAAACAACCAAAGGAGAUACGAUUUGGAUUCUAUAGUCGAAGACGUUGAUGAACGGUUGUGCUCCGUUGAUCUGCAAGUGCAGGACGAGAGUGAUCUUGAAGUUGCGCUAACAGGUAGAGGAGAAGUAGACGACGACAAAGUGGCAAGUGGGAAUGUUGGGAAUGGCCGUGAGCUUAAUAGAAGCGAAGACAAUCACGCUGUCAAUAACGUAAAGCCUAGGAUCGUGGAUGUCAUAUAUAAGCGGAUGCCGUCUUGAGGAUGGUACUAGCCCACUCUCAUUUAUUUAUUUGUAGCUUUAAGA